UGCAGGGUCCCGUGGCCUCGAGGUGGGGAGCGCCGCGGUCUCUGCGGAAGAUGGGGAACUCCUACGCCGGGCAGCUGAAGACCACGCGCUUCGAGGAGGUGCUGCACAGCUCCAUCGAGGCCUCCCUGCGCUCCAGCAGCCUGGUGCCCCGGCCGGUCUUCUCCCAGCUCUACCUGGAGGCCGAGCGGCAGCUCUCCGCGCUGGAAGGUGGGAGCCGGGGAGACAAUGAGGAAGAGGAGGAAGAGGCAGACGGUGCGCUGGAGCCUCACGGCCCCGCCAACCCCUACCAGAUGCACCCCCCGCCCGAGGGGUGCUGCACCGCCGACGGCUUCUGCCAGGCGGGCAAGGACCUGCGUCUGGCCUCCAUUUCCAGCGAGCCCCUCGAGGUGCCGGCCGGCUUCCUCCUGGUGGGGGCCAAGUCGCCCAGCCUGCCGGACCACCUGCUGGUGUGCGCCGUGGACCAGCGGUUCCUGCCGGACGACAACGGCCACAACGCUCUCCUGGGUUUCUCUGGGAACUGCGUCGGCUGCGGGAAGAAGGGCUUCUGCUACUUCACCGAGUUCUCCAACCACAUCAACCUGAAGCUGACCACCCAGCCCAAGAAGCAGAAGCACCUGAAGUGUUACCUGGUCCGCAACGCCCAGGGGGCCCUCACGCAGGGGCCCCUCAUCUGUUGGAAGGGCUCAGAGUUCAGAAGCCGGCAGGCCUCCGCCAGCACCUGUCCCAGCGCUCUCUUGCCGCCCCUGGAGAGCCCGGCGCCUCUGGCAGCCUUCCCGGGUGAGCCCGCCCUGGCCAACCCCGGCGUCCCCGCGCCCGCCUCUCGCCCAGGCCCGGCCUGCGACCACCCCGCGCUGCCCGCGGCCCUCGCUCCAGCGGUCUUCAACGGCCGAGACUCCCCGAAGCACCAGCAGCUGGCACGGAACAGCCUGUCGGCCGCGCCCCGGCCCGCGGCGUUAGGUAGCGCUGUCCGGGGCGGCCUUCCGGGGUGGGGCCACGGGAACUUCCCCUACCUGUGCGGGAACCUCGGCGACGUGGUGGUGAGCCCCCUGCUGCACACGUGCUACCAGAACUCCCAGGCCGUGGCCAGGGCCUACGAGCAGCACGGGGCCUCCGCCCUGCAGCCCAUCUCCGAGGAGACGCAGCUGCUGCUGACCGUCUACUACCUCGUCCAGCUGGCGGCCGACCAGGUGCCCCUGAUGGAGGACCUGGAGCAGAUCUUCCUGCGCUCCUGGCGCGAGGCGCACCUGGCCGAGACGCGGCAGGACCGGCAGCUGCGCGGGCCUCCAGCGGAAGGGGCUUGUUUUCCAGGGAAAUACCAAGCCCGGAUUCUCUCCGAGAGCCUCCUCACGCCGGCGGAGUACCAGAAAGAAGUCAAUUACGAGCUGGUCACGGGGAAAGUGGACUCGCUGGGGGCCUUUUUUAGCACCCUCUGCCCAGGUUACAGCCCGGAGCCCCUCGGCCUGCGGCCCUUCCAGCUGGCCGUGGCCCAGAAGCUCCUCUCGCACGUGUGCUCCAUCGCCGACUCCAGCACCCAGAACCUGGACCUGGGCUCCUUCGAGAAGGUGGACUUCCUGAUCUGCACCCCUCCCUCGGAGGUCACCUACCAGCAGACCCUCUUCCGCGUCUGGCAGUCAGGGGUUCUGCUGGAGCUCGGCCUGGAGAAGGAGCACCUGACCAAGCAGAGGGUGGGGCGGUACGUGCUGAAGCUGGACGCCGAGGCACAGACCAGGUUCAAGUCCUUCCUGCAGAACUCCUUCCAGAACCCGCACACGCUCUUCGUCCUGAUCCACGACCACGCCCACUGGGACCUCGUGAGCAGCGCGGUUCAUGACCUCUAUUCCCAAAGCGACCCGUGUGCGGGGCUGGUGGACAGACUGCUGAACCGCAGGGAGGUGAAGGAGGCGCCCAACAUCGUCACCCUCCACGUGACCUCCUUCCCCUACGCGCUGCAGACCCAGCACACGCUCAUCAGCCCCUACAACGAGAUCCACUGGCCUGCCGCCUGCAGCAGCGGAGUAGAUUUAUAUCCCGAGAACAAGAAGUACUUCGGGCUGUCCGAAUUCAUCGAGUCCACCCUCUCGGGACACAGCCUGCCCUUGCUCAGAUAUGACAGUUCCUUCGAGGCCAUGGUCACUGCACUGGGGAAGAGGUUCCCCCGCCUGCACAGCGCGGUGAUCAGGACCUUUGUCCUUGUGCAGCACUAUGCGGCCGCCAUGAUGGCCGUGAGUGGCCUGUCGCAGAUGAAGAACUACACGUCGGUGGAGACGCUGGAGAUCACCCAGAACCUCAUCAACUCCCCGAAGCAGUGUCCCUGUGGCCACGGGCUCAUGGUCCUGCUGCGGGUGCCCUGCCCGCCCCUGGCGGCCGUGGCCUACGAGCGGCUGGCCCACGUGCGGGCGCGGCUGGCCCUGGAGGAGCACUUUGACAUCAUCCUGGGCAACCCCAGCUCGGGCAUCACCGUGGGGAAGCACUUUGUGAAGCAGCUCAAGAUGUGGCAAAAAAUAGAGGACGCGGAGUGGAGGCCUCAGACUUACCUGGAGCUGGAGGGCCUGCCGUGCAUCCUCAUCUUCAGCGGGCUGGACCCGCACGGGGAGUCCUUACCAAGGUCUCUGCGCUACUGUGACCUGCGCCUGAUAAACUCCUGCCUGGUGCGCACAGCCCUGGAGCAGGAGCUGGGCCUGGCCUCCUACUUCGUGAGCGGCCAGGCGCCCCUGGACAAGGGCCCCCGGAACGAGGCCCUGGAGAGCGACGCCGACAAGCUGAGCAGCACGGACAACGAGGACGAGGAGCCGGGCGUGGAAGGCUCCGCCUCGGAGAAGAGGAGCCCCGCGCAGAGGGAGCGGCCCCGCUCCCGCGACUCGGCGUCCUCGUCCCUCUCCUCCAAGGCGUCCAGCUCAGCGCUCUGCGGGGAGCCCUCGGCACAGCCUGGGGGGCCCCCUGCGGGGGAGCAGGCCGGGUCGCCAGCGCCCUGUGGCCCCUCAGAGGAAGGCUGGGCUGCGGGGGAGCGACCGAGGGCCCGAGCGAGUCGGGGGGCCCCCUCCGUCCUCAGCAGGCACAGCCCCGGGCUGGCCCCCCACGUCAGGAUCCCCGCCAGCCUGCGUGGCCUGGGCUCCGAGCUGAGAGCCUGGCGCCUUCGCCAGGGUGCUGUUCCCGAGACGGGCGCCUACCUGCAGUUCCUGAGCAUCCUGUCCCGGAUGCUCAUCCGGCUCACGGAGGUGGACGUCUACGACGAAGAGGAGAUCAACAGCAACCUGCGAGGAGAAGCAGACUGGCACUACCUGCAGCCCAGUGACCCCUGGCCGGACGUGGAGCUGCUCAAGAAGAUGCCUUUCGACUACAUCCUCCACGACCCCAAGUACGAGGACGCCAGUCUGAUCUGCUCACAGCAUCAGAACGUCAGGAGCAAAGACAGGGCGAAGGCCCGGAAGCCCGAGGACCUGUGCGUGCGGCGCCGGACGGCGCGGAUGCGGCUGACCCAGUACGCGGCCCACAACACCUACCACCACUGCGAGCAGUGCCACCAGUACAUGGGCUUCCACCCCCGGCACCAGCUCUACGAGUCCUCCCUGCACGCCUUCGCCUUCUCUUACUCCAUGCUGGGGGAGGAGAUCCAGCUGCACUUCAUCAUCCCCAAGUCCAAGGAGCACCACUUCGUCUUCAGCCAGCCUGGAGGCCAGCUGGAGAGCAUGCGGCUGCCCCUGGUCACAGACAAGAGUCACGAACACAUCAAAAGCCCCACCUUCACCCCCACGACCGGCCGCCACGAGCACGGGCUCUUCAACCUGUACCACGCCAUGGACGGGGCCAGCCACCUGCACGUGCUGGUGGUCAAGGAGUACGAGAUGGCCAUCUACAAGAAGUACUGGCCCAACCACAUCAUGCUGGUGCUGCCCAGCAUCUUCAACAGCGCGGGCGUCGGUAGGCCGGCCGGGCCCGUCUGGGAGGGCACUCGGGCGCAGGAGGCACAGCUGGGCAUUCCCGUCCAGCGUCUUGCUGAACUUGCCAAGCUACUCUCCCGCGUGGGGAAGCGGCGCAUUGCCAGCGCCCGGCCCGCCGCCCGGCGCCUGGGGUCCAGCGGUGCUGCCCCUGCGCAGUCAGGGCCGCGGCUGCGUGGCGGGAAGGGUGCAGGCUGUGGAGACGGACGGACUGGCCAAAUCUGGGCCCUCCUGCGAGCCACGGGCAGGUCGGGGAGCCUCAUUUCCUCGUCUGAGGAACCCCGCCAUGAUGCUGUGUGUUGGGUUGCUGCAGGUGCUUCGCCCAGUGCGGGGCCCUGGCCGGGGGUCGGGCAGUGCUGUCCAGCACAUGUAGCCGGUUUGGUUGGGAGCCAGUGCCCUGGCUGGCCGCCGUCACCAGUGCCAACCUCCGGCCGGCGCUGUGCCCCCAGCAGGGAGUUCUCGUGGUCGGAGAGGAACGUGUCCCUGAAGCACAUCAUGCAGCACAUCGAGGCGGCCCCCAACAUCACCCACUACGCGCUGAUCGGCCUGCGGAAGUGGUCCAGCAAGACCGGGAGCCGCGAGGUGCGGGAGCCCUUCUCCCGCUGCCACGUGCACGACUUCGUGGUCCUGAACGUGGACUUGACGCAGAAUGUGCAGUACAACCAGAACCGGCGCCUCUCCCGGCCCAGGGCGGCGUGGCGUCGCUUAGGGCGCCUGUGCCAGGCGGGCUCUGGAUGCCCGUGGGCGUGUGGCCCUCGCUGCGGGCCAGCGCCGGGGAGCUGGUGCUGCCCGGCCGCCGCCGAGCCCCGCCUUCGGCUGAAAGCGACGGACUUCACCCGGGAGGUUACGUGCUUCUGCCCACGCCUUCAGCUUGCGGGGCAGCUAGUGCCCGCGGGGGCCCAGGCGGCAGCAGGGUGUGGGCGCUUGCCGGCGAGGGGGCGAAGGCCUCUCCUCUCGGCCCCGCUCUUCCAGAUCUCGGUGUGUUACGUGAGCUCCCGGCCGCACUCGCUCAACAUCAGCUGUGCCGACUUCCUCUUCAGCGGGCUCCUGCUGUACCUCUGCGACUCCUUCGUGGGCGCGAGCUUUUUGAAAAAGUUCCACUUUCUGAAAGGUGCCACCUUGUGCGUCAUCUGUCAGGACCGGAACUCCCUCCGCCAGACGGUGGUCCGCCUGGAGCUGGAGGACGAGUGGCAGUUCCGACUGCGGGACGAGUUCCAGACCGCCAACGCCAAGGAGGACCGGCCGCUCUUCUUUCUGACCGGACGCCACAUCUGAGGCGGAGCUUGAGGAGGACGAGCCAGGCCCGAGCAAGCGACACAGGCCGGCCGCCGCUCCUGGGCUGGGCCGCGGCCUGGCUCGUCACAGGCCGCUGCGGGAAGAACAAGGCUGACCCGCGCUCCACAGGCGUCCACGCACACGCCCACCUUCUCUGUGCUCCAGAGGCCUGUCCUGGGACUCCGGAAAGGGGCCAGCACUGCAGGCCACGGGCCUGCGCCCAGCCACUCCACAGCAAUACCCCUAACAAACGCUUCAACUGUAAAGCUGGACACGAGAAAAAACCUAAACAGGUCAUUUAACCAGAAAGAUGCCGUUGCCUCGGAAGUUGCCCUCUUAGAAGUUAGCAUCAAGGGUGACAUCGCAGACUGUCAGAGCGAAUAUGAUGCCGUCGACACAGGUGGGGGGAUCGCCCCGCUGAGAAAGGGCAGACGUAAGAGAGACUUCCUUGCGGGCUUUCAGGAAGGGACGGGGCUGUGGAGGCCGACCUCGGGGGGCGGCAUCUGCCUUCCAAGGAAAGAGGCUGCCGGCCGGCUGACCGCCAGACCCACCAGAGGGGUGCGGAAACCAGCUGACCAGAACUGGACUUCCGACUGGGGAGCCCUGAGACGCAGCUUUCAGCCCCAGAAGUGGUGUCAUUCUCGGGGACGCUCGGCCUCAAACAGCCGGGACAGUUGCCUCUCGUCUGACACAGCAGCCUGCGCGGCCGGCGUGAUCUCCCCGUGUGAAAUACGAGCAGCAGAGCGGCCUUCAGAAGGCAAUCUGGCCCGCCUUGUGCCACACCUCCACCCUCGGCGUCGGGAGACAGCGAUCCCGGCAGGGAUUAUUUUAAAAGAUGAUGCCAAAGAGUCAAUGUCAGCCUCCCCCCUCCCCACCAAGCAAAUAAUUCCCCGAGUUUGAAAGAUGGAGAUCCGUGUUCACAAAAUGACCACUCUGUAUACGUCACUAUUCCUAUUUUGGA